AUGUGGCCUACACAAGUGGAAAAAGCACUUUCUCUGGGCUUUCUGCUGUGCUUGAUAGGUAGGGACCUAAAAAUUUUCACAGGCUGCUACCUGGCUAAUCGACUGCCUCUUCAGAUUUUUACAGCUACCUUCCGCACCAACCAGAAUGUAAUCAUGCUCUCACAAUUCAUGUACUAUAAGUUAAAGAAUCUGAAGGAAAAAUGUAAGAUCUGCGAACUUAUCGUUGAUCAGCUAGAUAAAACUGGCGCUAGUUGUCCUUUGGAAUUGCAGAGUGAGAGACCCAAGGCUUAUGUUCUGGAUUAA